UACCAACAGGAGCGUUUUUUGCAAUAUAAACUAAUUAUUUAAAACAGAUACAUUUGAAUGCAUGGAGAUAGCAACCGUUGACAGUUCGAGAUCAAAUCUUGAUUCAUCAUGGUAAAGGUAUUCCAAAUGCAGAACCUACAAACCAGCCAGUGACAGCGCACUGUAUGCAUCUAUCUAUGCAGGAGAACUGUAACGAAUUGCUCAGUGAAAGCAGCACACAUCACUGUUUAAAGCUUCAAUCCAGCACAGGUUAGACCAUAGUUUAGACAUAAGAACUUGGAUCCUGACAACUUGAGUACAGAGGCAGAAAAAGGACUAUCGCUAUUGGAUGUAAAAAAGGCAACUUUUAGCUAUUUGCUUUAAAGGCAUAUCCUGUGGGGAUUACAAGCCAUUUAGCUAGCAAACUGAUUCGUCUAGGUUUUGUUCUGCACUCAGAAGAGUUGUCAAGAAGUGUUUACCCAAUGGAGGAUGACAGUGACCUUAAGCAGAGCUCCUGGGCUAAUUUACCUGAUGUCUGUCUGAGGCAUGUCUUCUAUUGGUUAGAUGACAAGGACAGAUCUCAAGCUGCAUUGGUCUGUAAAAAAUGGAAUCAAGCCAUGUACUCAGGAUCCCUCUGGAGAACCAGAACCAUCACAUUCAAUGGCCAACCAUCAAGGGCACAUGCAUUUGAAUAUGAAACUGCACUAUGGUACGUCAAGAAAUUUGGCAAAUAUUUGGAACACCUCGAAAUCAAGCUAUUGCAACCUUACAGUACUGUCUUUACCCGAAAAUUUCAAGUGUCUAUGAGAAGCCUUUUCUCACAGUUGGGUAAAUGUAACUGUCGCCUGCUAUCCUUGAGCAUCAAGCACCUGGAAUUAGAUCGCUUGGUCUGGAAAAACAUAGUCAGGGCUCAGUUUAUCAAGAACUUAGGUACCUUUCUGAAAAGAAUGAGCAAACAGCUUAAUUAUCUCAACUUAAAAGGAGCAAGAGUAACCUUGGAAGAAGGCUGUGAGCUUCUGAAUUCUCUGAGCUACCUGACUAAUAAAAGCUUUAUAUCUGAAAUAAACAUUGAAGAUUUCUUCAGUCUCCAUCUUCCUGUCUACAGCAGCACCUUGUUCCACCAUACUGUGUCCAAGUUCCACAGCCUGGUUAUCCUGACUUUCAAUUAUAACUGUGUUUCUGAUGAACUGCUGGACAAUCUCUGUAAGAACAGUGCUCAUUCCCUGUGCACCUUGAAUAUCAAAUGUCAUAUCCAUGACCCCCAUGGGCAAGUGGUCCAGGGAAUGUCAUGGGCCAACUUGGCCAAAAGAGCCUCAAAAUUGAAUGUGAACUUCUAUUUUGAAAGAGUCAUGAAACAUGACCAUCUAGCCAGGAUCCUGCUAGUGGAGAUACCAGUUAGGAGCAUCAGUUUACGGAGCUGCUAUUUCAGAAACCCAGACUGGAUGAUGAGACCUACUCUCACCAACAUCCUCCCAGCCUACUGGCAUGCGCUGCAGAAAUUAACCCUUGAAGUAAACAAUGACAAUGAGCUGCUGGAUGAUGAGCUGCUACAGCUUAUCUUAUCAUGCAGGAGAUUGUUUUUUCUGAAAGUCUGGGCAUUUCUUAGUGUUACUUUUGUGGAGAGGUUGCUACAGAAUCGUGCAGAAAGGAAAUGCUUUUUGACUACAAUAAAGGUCAGGAUUUACACAUCCCGACAGGAGACCAGUGAAGAGAAGCAGCUGUUGCACAAUAUUUACAAGAAGUUUAAAAAUCUGAUUGACUCAGAGCUUAACUAUUUUGUCAUCAUCUAUCCACUGGAGUAAAGCCACAAGGAGUUACAUCUGCAAAUGAUGAACAAAUCCUUUGGAGGGCAUUAAUAGGAGAACUGAAUCUUGUCAGCAUCCCUCUGAAAGGGAGAUACCAUCGUAUGCAAAGGACAAUUUUACUAUGCCCUGGAUUAAAGUGUUGGACUUGGCAA